AUGUCCCCCCCUGGCUCGGCCGCGGGAGAGAGCGCCGGCGGCGGCGGCGUCGGCGGUGGCGGCCCCGGGGUCCCGGAGGAGCCCACGGCGGCGGCGGCUGACGAGGGCCCGGCCCGAGAGGAGCAGCGUCCCAUCCAGCCCUCUUUCACCAAGUCCCUCUGCCGAGAGUCCCACUGGAAGUGCCUGCUGCUCUCGCUGCUCAUGUACGGCUGCCUGGGGGCCGUGGCCUGGUGCCACGUCACCACAGUGACCCGCCUCACCUUCAGCAGCGCCUACCAGGGCAACAGCCUCAUGUACCACGACAGCCCCUGCUCCAACGGCUAUGUCUACAUCCCCCUGGCCUUCUUGCUCAUGCUGUACGCCGUCUACCUGGUGGAAUGUUGGCAUUGCCAAGCCCGCCAUGAGCUGCAACACCGUGUUGAUGUGAGCAGCGUGCGGGAGCGUGUGGGCCGGAUGCAGCAGGCCACACCCUGCAUCUGGUGGAAGGCUAUCAGCUAUCACUAUGUCCGACGCACCCGCCAGGUCACUCGAUACCGGAAUGGAGAUGCCUACACUACCACCCAGGUCUACCAUGAGCGCGUCAACACGCACGUGGCCGAGGCGGAGUUCGACUACGCGCGCUGCGGGGUCCGGGACGUAUCCAAGGCGCUGGUGGGGCUGGAGGGCGCGCCGGCCACGCGGCUGCGCUUCACCAAGUGCUUCAGCUUCGCCAGCGUGGAGGCCGAGAACGCCUACCUGUGCCAGCGCGCUCGCUUCUUCGCGGAGAACGAGGGCUUGGACGACUACAUGGAGGCGCGCGAGGGCAUGCACCUCAAGAACGUGGACUUCCGCGAGUUCAUGGUGGCCUUCCCGGACCCGGCCCGGCCGCCGUGGUACGCCUGCUCGUCGGCCUUCUGGGCCGCGGCGCUGCUCACGCUGUCGUGGCCCCUGCGCGUGCUGGCCGAGUACCGCACGGCCUACGCGCACUACCACGUGGAGAAGCUCUUCGGGCUGGAGGGCCCGGGCUCGGCGAGCAGCGCGGGCGGCGGCCUGAGCCCCAGCGACGAGCUGCUGCCCCCGCUCACGCACCGCCUGCCACGGGUCAACACGGUGGACAGCACGGAGCUCGAGUGGCACAUCCGCUCCAACCAGCAGCUGGUGCCCAGCUACUCGGAGGCGGUGCUCAUGGACCUGGCGGGGCUGGGGGCGCGCUGCGCGGGGGGCGCGGCGGGGGGCUACGCGCCCACGUGCCGCUACGGCGGGGUGGGCGGCCCGGGCGCGGCGGGCGCGGCCCCCUACCGGCGCAGCUGCGAGCACUGCCAGCGCGCGGUCAGCAGCUCGUCCAUCUUCUCGCGCAGCGCCCUGAGCAUCUGCGCCAGCCCGCGGGCCGGCCCGGGGCCCGGCGGGGCGGGGUGCGGGGGCAGCCGCUUCUCGCUCGGCCGCCUCUACGGCUCCCGACGCAGCUGUCUCUGGCGCAGCCGGAGCGGGAGCAUCAACGAGGCGAGCUGCCCCACGGAGCAGACGCGGCUGUCCAGCCAGGCCAGCAUGGGGGACGACGAGGACGACGACGACGAGGAGGAGGCCGGGCCGCCGCCACCCUACCACGACGCCCUCUAUUUCCCGGUCCUCAUCGUGCACCGGCAGGAGGGGUGUCUGGGCCACAGCCACCGGCCACUGCACCGCCAUGGCUCCUGCGUGGAAACCUCACUGUGACCUCCGGCCACUGGACAGGUCAGGCCCGCCGUCCUCCUGCCUGCCCCGCGCCCGACUGUGCGCCCUGCGUGUAGCAGGGGGAGUCACGACGGUGACUGAAGCGGGCACCAUGGGGUGUGGUGGAGGGAGGCUGUGCGAGGGUUGGACCCCUUGGGGCCGAAACCCCCGCCUUCCCUGUACAUAAAGGGACAGAUGGAUGGGAAGGGGUCGGAGCUCCCGGAGAAUCCCACCUGAGCAGAUUCGUCUCUUUCGGUCCCAUCCCUGGUUCCCGAGUCCUAAGGGGAUGCCUCCCCUUCCUAUGCGCACAUUCGAGAUUUCCCGUCCAGCCUUUCAAUGGAUCUUCUGACUGUUAUGUGGCAACUGUGCUGUGGGCCUUCUCUCCAGUUAGAGGCCCUCGCUGUGCAGCUGGGGGAGGUUUAGAGGCCGUGGGGGAAGCGAAACUGGGGCUUUCCUUCCUCCCAUGCCUUGCCCUACUGGGGCCUCUCUCUGCGGAGGGGGUGGUGGUUUGGCGAGCUCUGGGGCUGGCUUCCAGCCAGCUAAUGAAUUCAGUGGGUCCGAGGCAGGGGCCAGGAGUCAGCCCCAAUAGCCAUCUCAAAACGUGGAAAUGUUGCUAUCCUCUUUUUGGCGCUGGCCCCAAAGAUCGGGGUUUCCUUUCUGCCCCUCCCACCACUGUUGUUUGUCUCUCUGCGCCCCAGGGAGCCCUGGUCCUGCGGGGGAGUGUGCUCACCACAUAGAUGUCCCUCCCUCUGCGCCCCACUCAAUCCCUGGCUCUGAAUAACUGGCCGGGGCACGGAGAGGAGGCACAUGUGGUGGGCUGGGUGUCAGUCCUUUCCAUAAACUCUGCAGCCCCCUCACCUGGAGGAGGUGGGGUCAGCAGGAUGGUGACAGGAUGCCCUUCUGGGAGAGCACUCCCUCACACCAAGGUGAAUGAGUAGCAGGGGAGAGCAGGGAGACAGACCUGGAAGGCAACAGGAACUAUGGAAGCAGGUGGAGUCAAAGAGGAGAGUGGAGGGUAGAAUAAAAGGGCCUUCAGAGGUGGGGUGCCCCUUGGUUCCCCAAGACUGGUGGGGACGAGUGGAGGGUGGUCAUCCCCAUACGUGCCUCCGCAGGGCUGAGGAUGUUGUCACAGCCCCCAGCUGGAGAAAUACUCUACUUCAGUGACAGUGGCAGAGGCAGAGGCAGGAAUUCUCUAAAUCUUGCCCAACUCCUAUCCUGUCACCAUCCUGGGGUGCUGACCCCACCUCCUGUUUCCCCAAAGCUUCCCCACCUCCCACUGCUCCCACCCCAGUGUGCUUCAGUGUGCAUGUCUGUGUACAACCUCCUGCACUCCAGACUCCUCUGGCUAAAGUUUUCCCAGCAGAUUUAGCGCCCAGGGAUUAAGCUUAACAUUUCAAGCUGGAGAGGAUAACUUUUGGGCCAUCAACAUUACUCAUGCCUGAUGCUUCUCACUUCACUGAGCCAUCAGAGCCGCUCCUCCCUCCUCUUCAGCCCAGCCAGGCCUGUACCCACCACGGGUGUGGCCACCACCCUAUGCAAUCUCUUCUGGCUCCUCUUCCUUCCUUCCUAGGGGGGGAAGUGGGAGGCACAGAUUGUGGGGACACCACAGCCUGGCCCUCGGCCCUUCAGCUACUGAGCUUUACUUUCAAGUGGAGAUGGCUGAGUGGGGAGGGAGAGGAGGCUGGAGGAGUCUUGGCAGGAGGGAAGAGCUGCCCAUUCAGUUUCCCUGGGUAGCAGUGCCCGCCUGCUGCCAGCACGGAACCUACCUGGACCCUGAGUCUGUGCUCCUUGGGGACCUGGCGGUUAGAGCACCCCUCCUUCCUCUGAAUGGACAUCUGUGAGGUACAGGUGGUGAGCUGUGGCCUCAGGCUCCAGUUCUUGGCCAGCUGGCACCUGGAUGUUAUGCCCUCAUGUGGGGCAGCCUGGAGGAGGGAGGGAUCUGCUCCUCUUCCCUCAGGCCUGUUCCCGAGACAAAAUCCAAGGUGGGAAGAGAGGAAGGGGUUUGGGGCUCCUAUUAUUUUUGCCUGUUUUGACCAUCUCUGCCUAGGUCUUCUCACACAGCCUCACCUCCCACACGCACAGACUUAGAGAGAAACCACUUUUUUUGGUCUAUUUUCUUGGUAGCUUUAUUGAUUGCCAGGGAAAACGAAAACCAGAAAAUUAAUUAAUCUCUAAAAUUAAACUUUACACUGAAUGUUCUUGUUUCUCUAAUUAGAACCUCUGCUAGCAGCUGUGGCUAUGUACACACACACUCACACUCACACCUACACAUUUGCACUCCAGAACUGUCAGAGGGUGUCAGGCACGGACAGACUGUGGGUGGCCUGGACAGGCAGGCGCGUGCAGUCACUCCCAAGCUCCCUUCGGUGCUCUGCUCAGCUCUUGCUGGUUAGGAGGAGUCCCUGGAGAGCAGGCAUCCCAACGCCAUGGUUGCAGCCCAUUACCCACCUUUUGGAAAAAAGGAUGGGGAGGUUCUGGGUGCCUCAGCCUGAGGGGGAUGGGGAAUGGGGCUCAGCCUGUGUCCAUCAGUCAGGUCCUCUCUUGGCCCCUGAGGGUCGACGUCAUUCCCAUAGGUGUGGCCCCCGGGUGGGCAGCCACAGAGUGAUGGGGGCUCAUGGAGGGCGCCUAUAAGAGUCUGUGUGUCCUGGGGACAAGGGCUUGUGGGGUGAGCUGGGCCUGCCUGGGGAGAAGACAGGUCUCUGUCAAUUGGGUGCAUCACACUGUGGCCUUUCUGUUGUGAACUUCCAAGCGCAAAGAUUGUACAAAUCAAACUGGUGGAUAAUAAAGUUGCAAUGACUCACUGACUUCCUUUCCCAGUGUGGCACUUCCCCACCAUCUCCACCUCCCAUGGGCAGCUCUCUGGGGAGGCCACUGAGUCUGAGCCCCUCCUGUCACCUGUUUCUUUUUUUCCCAGGAUGGAGGAUGGGGAUCUAGUUAAGGGAUGGCAUGGCCUGUAGAACUGGAUCACUUAAUGCAGGUCAAACAACAGGGAAGUGACAUCUGCAGGGGGGAGGGUGGAAGAACUAGCAGAGCUAUGCUGGAGCCAGAGGAAAGAGAGAGGGAGGGAGGAGGAGAGGAGAUUAAAGAGAGGAAGAAUUUGAAGGGUCAAGAGGUCCAGAGGCUGUUAAGUAGAGGGGAGGAUAGGUGCCCCUGGGGGGACUCUGAGCAGGUACAAUCUCUGAGACCUUUCUGCCUUCCCUGCUUCUGGAAAAAGUUGGUCAUUUAAGACUUCCGUAGCUGGGUACCACUUCAUACUUCUUCCCCUAUCCCAGACCCUCCCCCUCCAUCUGUUUCUACACAAUCCUUGAUUACUCACCCCAAUGUUAUUCGGGUGCUUUCCCCACCUGUUUCCCCUCCCCACAUGGCCCCUAAAUAGUGACAUUCUGAGGCAGACGUGGCAGAGGCAUUACCAGGUCUGCUUGCCGCCCCACCCUGUCCUCAUCCUAUCCCACAGGGUUCUCAGGAUUCUUGGUCAUGAUGGGUGACAUGAAGUGGCUGGGAUUCAAGGCCCGCUGACGUGCUGCUUCACGGUUGACAUUGAGGGCCUGGCUGAUGAGGUACUCGCUCUCCUGGGAUACAUCUGAUAGGCGCAAGUCAAACUCCAGGAGGGUCCUGUUGUCUGACAUGCCAUCCAGGAGCUGCUUUCCGCCAUCCUGGGAGAGGGGCACAGGGGAAGAAAUCUUUUUACCUUUUUACCACUACCCAGGUUACACGCAAAAUGCAUACCUGGGUAUAGAUAGGACAGAAAGACGUGGUUCACAGACCAACCUCCUUGUGCAAUGCACUGACAUCUUCUUUGGGAUUCUAGCCCAUUCUAUGCCAUAAGAAAAGUGGUGCUCAAGACUCAGUUGAUUUUUCAACCCCAAUGGUUUGCAAACAUGACUAAGGCAAUGACAGUAAUUCCCCUCUGGCUCAGCCACGGGCAUGGGAGACAAAUCUGGCUGAGAUGUGAGGAGGAAGCUCAGAGGGAGUGACUUUUGGGAAGAUCCUCCUGACUCUGAAAAGAGAGUCAGAGUGUGUGUGUGUGGGGGAGUGUUCUCUCUUCCCCUGCUGCCAAGCAUGGCCCUAUGUGGGCACAGUGGGCAUCUUGGGACCAUGGGAGCACUGAGAGGCAGCACAAGGCUGGGGUGGGCAGAGCAGGGGAUUACCGGAUUACCAUCCCAGGAUCCCCUACACCCUGGGGCUUCUAGUUAUGGCCAUAGUGAAUCUUCUACUUGCUGGCUCCUGUAGCCAGCAAGCAUCUCUCCUCCCACCCCCCCCCACUUCAUUUCCCCAAGAUAUUUGAGCGAAGUCAUUUCUCUUGGGAGAUUUAGAAGAGGAUGCAGGGCCUACACAGAGGGCGUUCCUCCCUAGUCUUCACAGCUCUGGGGCCCCUUCUGGGUUGGGGUGGACCAGGCCCAAGGUGAAAAAACUUCAUUUUGGGAAGCAGGAUGCUGCUGAUCUAUGGUUGUGGCUCAACAGAAUAAGCAAAGUCAAAUUGAUGGGCUACAGAGCAUUUAAAAAAACAAAA